UUUUCUUUGUACAUUUGAUUUCAGGUUAGGAGUCCAGUUGUCAAGCUUGUUUAGACUGUGAUAUUAAUUUUAACAAGUGCUUAUCUUCAAAAUAUAUUUUCAAUUGAAAUACUUGAGACUGAAUCUUCAACAGAAAGCAAGAUACCAUUUUGGAAAUGUCGUACCAGGACAGAAAUCUGGGAAACGAGGGCACCCAAUCCAAGGAAAUCCUGAUCGAGCCGGGUGGAACACGUGAUGACCGCGACUCCGGCGGCAGCCAAAGGGACGACGGAGAAACUACCGACAUUAACACCGACAACGAAACUGAAUUCACGGAUGACAUUGACGCAGAUAACACUGAUACAGACAACAUUGAGCCAGAAAUGGUUUCUGAUCUGUCCAGUCCUCAGGAUACACCCCCUGCACCAGUGCCUCAACCUAGUCCGCCCAGGUCCUCAACGAGCUCCAUCUUGCGGUGCUGUGGGCUGUUCGAUAGACCCACCUGGCCGUCCCUCAUUGCUUUCUGGAUCCUGGGUCUGUGUAACAACUUCGGCUAUGUUGUUAUGUUGAGCGCUGCACAUGACAUCAUCAAGGAACAUUCUCAAGCCGAUGAUACGCCUAAAAAUGAACGAGACUGUAAUACAAUGAGUACCGGUGCUAUCCUACUGGCUGACGUGGUUCCUUCACUAUGUAUCAAGAUGUUUGUUGCGUUUCUCCCAUUAUGCAUAAAGGUACGCGUGGUAGCCAUUGUGAUUCUUUCUAUAAUGGGAUACGUGAUAGUGGCUGCUUCGACCAUUCGGCCGUUGAUUUUCGUGGGCGUCGCGUGUACUUCUCUCGCCUCUGGUCUGGGAGAAGCAUCUUUUGUCGCCUACAUGUCUUUCUUCAGGGACAAAGGUGUGAUUGGGUUUUGGUCGUCGGGAACAGGAGCAGCUGGACUCGCAGGAGCCAUGGGGUACGCAGCCCCCACUUCACUUGGCAUCAGUCCACCAGCUGUUCUCUACUCCAUGACAGCAGUGCCAAUAAUCAUGGCAUUCAUAUUCACAUUUGUUCUUCAGCAUCCGGAUGGGCCUAUUGAAAGAGAAGUGACCCAGGAAGAAAGACCGCAAUUCCUAUUGAAAGAGAAAUUCUCCUACCUCCCAAAAUUAUUCAAAUAUAUGGUGCCCAUUGGACUUGUCUACCUCUUUGAAUAUUUGAUCAAUCAAGGCUUGUUCGAACUGCUGUACUACAAAGACACGUUUUUGACUCAUGAUGAGCAGUACCGCUGGUAUCAGGUGUUGUACCAACUGGGAGUGGUCAUCUCCAGAUCUUCCAUUGGCCUGGUCACCAUCAACAAUCUUUCCCUCCUUGCAAUACUUCAGGGAUUGAAUCUGAUACUGCUUUUUACUGAGACCAUCUACUUCUUCAUGCCACAUAUGCUGCUUGUUAUGCUCAUUAUAGUAUGGGAAGGCUUGUUGGGAGGAGCAUCCUAUGUGAAUACGCUGUACAAAAUGAAUAUCGAGGUGGUUGAAGACAAGCGUGAAUUUGCCAUGGGAGUUGUCACUCUUUCUGAUUCAAUUGGAAUUACAAUGGCAGGGAUACUCUCAAUCCCUCUCCACAAUUUCAUUUGUGAGUUACCAAAAUACUAGUGACUUCGAGAUGAGACCAUUAUGGAAAGUGUGUUCAUUCCCGCCAAAUAUAAAUGAGACUGAGGCACAAUUUUUGUAUCUAGAGCUGAGUUUUUGAAAAAAAUAUUUUAUUCUUAUAAUAAUAGUUGAAAAGUGAGAACAUUUGCGCUGGAAACUGGUGGUUGAAGCUAUGAAAGAAUGUUUCAUUCUUAUAAUGUUGGUCGAAUUGUAAGAACAUUAUUUUGUGUUGGAAACUGGUGGUUGAAGCUUUGAAGCAAUGCUUUAUUUUUAUAAUGUAAGUCUAAUAGGAAGAGUAUUUGUGAUGGAAACUGUGGUUAAAUUUUUAAAGCAAUGCUUUAUUUUUAUAAUGUAAGUCAAAUAGGAAGAGUAUUCCUAUUAUUUGUGUUGGAUACUGUUGUUAAAUUUUUGAAGCAAUGCUUUAUUUUUAUAAUGUAAGUCGAAUAGGAAGAGUAUUUGUGUUGGAAACUGUUGGUUAAAGUAUUGAAACAAUGUUCUAUUCUCAUAAUGUUAGUAGAAUUGUAAGAACAUUUUGUGUUGGAAACUGGUGGUUAUAUUUUUGAAGCAAUGCUUUAUUUUUAUAAUGUAAGUCGAAUAGGAAGAGUAUUUGUGUUGGAAACUGUGGUUAAAGUAUUGAAACAAUGUUCUAUUCUCAUAAUGUUAGUAGAAUUGUAAGAACAUUUUGUGUUGGAAACUGGUGGUUAUAUUUUUGAAGCAAUGCUUUAUUUUUAUAAUGUAAGUCAAGUAGUAAGAGCAUUUGUGUUGGAAACUGUGGUUAAAUUAUUGAAGCAAUGCUUUAUUUUUAUAAUGUAAGACGGAUAGGAAGAGUAUUUGUGUUGGAAACUGUGGUUAAAUUAUUGAAACAAUGUUUCAUCCUUAUAAUGUUAGUCAAAUAGUGAUGACAUUUGUUUUAGAAACUGAUGGUUAAAUUUUUGAAACAAUGUUCUAUUCUCGUACUGUUAAUAGAAUUGUAAGAACAUUUGUGUUGGAAACUUUUAGUUACAUUUUUGAAACAAAGUUUUAUUUUUAUAAUGUUAGUCGAAUAGUAAGAGCAUUUGUGUUGGAAACUGGUGGUCAAGUUUUUAUGUUGGUAGAAUUGUAAGAACAUUUCUGUUCGAAACUGGUGGUUAAUUAGGUGUCUUGAUGGUUAUAUCGAAUCUAAUUUGAGUAGACUGCUAAUCAAACUAGCCAACUCUACGAAAUACUUAAAAUUUUCAUCUUUGAAAUGAUAGUGAGAUUGCAGGUGCUAUUUAUGGCAGUGCCUUUAUUCAAUGUUGAUAAUGUUCAACUGCUCAAACAUCGGCGAGCUUCCUAACUUAUUAUUUUAUAUUAGUUUGAAUAAAACUAGAAAGAUUAUUUACUGCAUAAUAAAUAAGAUAAAUACUGUAGUUAUAUGAUUGUAAAAGUGUUCUAUUGAUAUAGGAUUGUAGAAAAUUCUCAGAACAACAUAAUCUCGUACUUAGCUAUCUUAUACAUUUAUUUCUUACCAGUUUCAAUUUUGGACUGUUAUAAUGAAUAUAUUUUGACGGUUCCUCCUUUUGCUUCUGAAUCAUUCCUAGUAGUUUUGAUAUCAGGCCCUUCCAAUCUGCAAUAUUUCCGUAUUUUGAUAUCAGGCCCUUCCAAUCUGCAAUAUUUCCGUAUAGCAAGUCCAAACAUAUAUUGAUCUCUGCUGCCAUUUGCAAUCAUGCAUCAUACCAAAAAGAAAUAUUUUUAAUAACUUCUAAAGCCAUAAAAUUUCGUAAUCUAUCAUCAAUCAUCUGUAGAAAUCUCUUAAUAUUUUUUUAGAAAAUCUUAAGAUUCAUUGUUUGUUUAGAAAACUGUUUCAUCCGACUUCUAUUUCUGUCUUUGUUAAUACAACAAAUUUUAUGUUCUUUCUUAAAUAACACUUGUAAAUUUCUUAGUUUCUGCAUUCAAUUAUUCUUAGUAACAUUUUUUCAUCUUUACACUUUUGUUACAUUACAUACAACUGCCCUACAACAAGCAAUAAGAUAAUAAGAUAGAUUCAGCCAUAAGACUUAACUCGUUCCAGCCAAUAUUUAGCCUAAUAUAUAUGGCACAUAAAAUAGAUUUAGCCAUUAUACUAUUAAUUACUUUGUUUCAUCCAAUAUUUAGCCUAAUAUAUGGUCAUUAAAACAGUCUUAGUAGUAAGAAUAUUAAUUACGUUGUUCCAACCAAUAUUUCGCCAUUAUUUUGCAUUAUGCACCUUCUCUCUAAAGUACUGUUCUAUGCUUAUUUUUAGUGUCACAUUCAAGUAUUUAUAACCUGGUCUAUUCCAUCAACUCCAAAUUAGUGUUCGAUUUCACCGUCACUGAGAACAAUUUUUUAUAUUUGUAAGUUAAUUGUGAGGUUCCAACGUUGUCUCAGAUUAUUUAUAAUGGAUGUUAUCUGAAAGGAGAAUCAGAUAAUAGAAAACAGUAUCGCUCAAGUACAGAAACUCUUACUCUUUAUGACCCCAGUAUUUUCUCCUUAAGUACUAGUACGUAAUGAGAAGUAUUCUCAGUAAAAAAUAUUGUAUCAAUAAUCUUAAAAUUUCAUUUUAUGAUGAAUAUUAUAGCGACAAGAAACCGUACCCUAAUUUUAAGAUUCUGUUAGCUCCAUAGUUGUGUAAUAACUGUUGAGUUGAUUGUAAACCAUCCAACCUUAUCUCACUUAUAAGUUUUCGUUUGUUUUCUCAAGCUUUAUAAUAUUACUUCGAGGUAUCCAUCACUUGUAAACUUGAUGCCCGUUUCCAAUACAGAAAUAUUAAUUACUAUUAUUUAUCACAUUCAAAUAUUUUGGUUUAGCUCAUGAGUUCAUGGUGGAUCUCCAUUUCAUGCUUUGUUAUGAAAGCUUUAAAACAGGAACAGCUAAUGAGUUAUGAGACUUAUUCUUGUGAUUUAAUCUCUAAUAGACUUAUUCUUGAGAUUUUAGAUUAUGGAAACGGGCAAUUAAUUAACCAAGUGCUCUCAAAAUUCGGUGAAUUUGCCUCUAUUUUAAGUUGAAAUGUUUUAACUGGUUGAAAAGAGUGCAUUUGAAAAUGGCUUUAUGACUUCAAGCUUUUCCGUUUUCAACUGUUGGAUACAAAAAUGUGUAAUCGAAUUUUCACUUAUAAAGAAGACAAGUACACACACUAUUUAUUUUGUUAGAGUAAGUUACCGUAUUAUUAUUGUUACCUUGUAUUAAGUUACCCUACGUGUAAUCGCUCUUAACCGUUACAUUUGUAAUAAGAGCAUUACACUUUACAGUAACAUUGUGAUUUAUGAGAUGGUAAUAAUACUUCAUUACCUAUAAUUAUGAAAAAAAUAUAUUUUGUAUAUUAAAAUCGUUUCAGAGUGGUCCAAAAGUAGCUUACUUUCAUCAUAUUCUCAAAUAUACGAGAUUAAUCAAGUUACUAUUUUGUACAGAAAAGAACUAAAAGUGUUCAGUUGUACAAAAAUUACUAAAAUUUCAAGCAUUUUCCUUGCCUACUUUCCAAAAUAUAAUAUUUGAUGAGGCUUUAAAAAUUUGUGAGAAAAAAUGUAUUAUGAUGCCUUAAAAAUUUGUGAGAAAAUAUUUAGUAUUUUGGAAAAUGAUUUUGUACCUCGAAAAUUAUCUAGAAUCCAGUAAGUUGACAUUUUAUUAUAAAAUGUAGAAAAAAUGAAAAUUGUAAAGGGAUUACCGUGUAAUUCAACAAAUGAUUAGUUAUGGGAUAAAAUAUUUGGAAGUUUUGUCUCAAAUUGUUAAUCGAAUCCAAAUGGAUAUCCUAAUUCUUACUAAGAAUAUAGUCAACAAUAAUACUGGCUUGUAAAAUAUUGUGUAUAAUGUACAAAAUCUUUAGAUAAUAUAAGCUGUACUUAGCUUACUUUUGGUCCACUUGCUAUUUUGUUCUGUGAAUUAUGAUCAAGUAUUUAAGAGAUAAGUAUUUAAAGUUCACAUUGUAGACUUCAAUCAGAACUUUUGAAACACUAUAAUAAUUUUUUGUACACUUCAAUAAUAAUUGUUUGUUCAAUUUCUGUUCUUUCUUUAAUAAAUACAUAAUUAUUCCAA